GGGAAGCACUAUUAUUUUCUUCAAGGAAUCAAUCAAAGGUCCGAAUUUCUUCCCACUACAGAGUAAGGAGCUCUCGGUGCUUCUUCUCCACAUCCUCCUUCCUCGUCACCACCUCUCCGGUCAUCACCAGCACCACAUAAACAAGUGACAACCUCCAUGCAUUCUCCAUCGCUCGCUUAAUCCAAUUCAAACCCUAACAAAGAAAGGAUAAAAGCGAGAAAUGCUAGUUGAAGAACCCGGCGUCGUAUCAGACAUCUGAAACCACAGUCAUACCAUACCAUGCCCUACUCCGCUUUUCUGCGGGGCUGCCUCAGAAACGGUCUUCGCCUGACCAUGUCUCUGAGACCAACGGCUCUGCAUUUCACAAUCCGUUCUUAUCCAAGAAAGCCUACGACUUUCAGAACCACACUCUUUGCCGCCAUGAAACACCGAGCCCUAGCCUACGGUACUGUAUGCGUUCCUCAACGCCUGAGCUCUGUCAUAACAUGCUCCAUUUCUCCCGUAGUCUUCACUGGCUCUCUCGACUUCGAUUGGCGGGAGGAUCAAGGUAUCGUCUUGAACCCCAGGAGCACUCCUUUCCCUUACUUUCAGACGCAGCAGCUGCAACAGAACAUGCAGUAUGGUAGGUAUGCUUAUGAUGAUUACUCGGAGGAUGACUCUGACCAGGACGUCCAGUCGACUUCGUCGCAAAAGGGUUCUACUCUUGAUAACAUUGAUGAAUGGAAGUGGAAGCUAACCGUGCUUCUGCGCAAUAAAGAUGAGCAAGAAUUGGUAUCAAGAGAGAAAAAGGACCGACGGGAUUUUGAGCACCUUUCAGCAUUGGCUACUAGAAUGGGUUUACAUUGUCGUCAAUAUGAAAAAGUGGUCGUCUUUAGUAAGGUUCCACUGCCGAACUACAGAUCUGAUUUGGAUAACAAGCGUCCACAGAGGGAGGUGGUGAUACCAUUUGGUUUGCAAAGAAGAGUGGAUGUUCAUCUUAGAGAGCACCUUUACCGGAAACAUAAGAAUAAGGGUACUUUUUCAGAUGUUGCCUUUUCAAGAUCAAGCAGCAGUGGCAGUAUUGCUACAGAUGAAGGGCUUUUUGAGCAACAUGAGCCCCUUGCACCAACUAGUGUUGUCAUGGAGAAAAUCCUUAGGCGGAGAAGUUUGCAACUGCGUAAUCAGCAACAAGCUUGGCAGGAAUCUCCGGAAGGUCAAAAGAUGCAAGAAUUUCGUAGAAGUCUUCCUGCUUACAAAGAAAGAGAUGCAUUAUUGAAUGACAUUUCACAAAAUCAGGUUGUGAUCAUCUCAGGUGAAACUGGUUGUGGUAAGACCACACAACUUCCUCAAUACAUUUUAGAAUCUGAGAUAGACGCUGCCCGUGGAGCUGUAUGUAGUAUUAUAUGUACUCAACCUAGACGAAUAUCUGCCAUGUCUGUUUCUGAAAGAGUUGCAGCAGAGAGAGGAGAGAAAUUGGGUGAAUCUGUUGGUUAUAAAGUUCGGCUAGAGGGUAUGAAGGGGAGGGACACACGUCUUCUUUUCUGUACUACAGGCAUCCUGCUGAGGAGGUUACUCGUUGAUAGAAAUUUGAAAGGUGUAACUCAUGUUAUUGUGGAUGAGAUUCAUGAGCGUGGGAUGAAUGAAGAUUUCCUGCUUAUUGUCCUAAAAGACCUCCUUCCUCGUCGGCCAGAUUUGAGAUUGAUUUUGAUGAGUGCAACUCUAAAUGCAGACCUUUUCUCUUCCUACUUUGGAGGAGCUCCAGUGCUACAUAUUCCAGGAUUUACCUAUCCAGUACGAACUCAUUUUCUAGAGAAUGUUCUAGAAAUGACUGGGUACAGGUUAACACAGUACAACCAAAUUGAUGAUUAUGGUCAUGAUAAGGCAUGGAAAAUGCAAAAACAAGCUCUCAGAAAGAGGAAGAGCCAAAUUGCUUCUGUUGUUGAGGAUGCCCUUGAAGCUGCUGAUUUUAGGGAGUACAGCCUACAGACAAGGGAGUCUUUGCACUGUUGGAAUCCUGAUUCUUUAGGUUUUAACCUUAUAGAACAUGUUCUUUGCCAUAUAUGUAGAAAAGAAAGGCCUGGUGCCGUCUUGGUAUUUAUGACUGGUUGGGAUGACAUAAAUGCUCUGAAGGAGCAACUUCAGGCUCAUCCUCUUUUGGGAGACCCAAGUAGAGUUCAGUUGCUUGCAUGCCAUGGUUCAAUGGCAAGCACAGAGCAGAGGUUAAUAUUUGAAAAUCCUGAAGAUGGUGUUAGGAAAAUAGUACUUGCAACCAAUAUGGCUGAAACAAGUAUCACCAUUAAUGAUGUGGUAUUUGUUGUCGACUGUGGAAAGGCAAAAGAGACAUCAUAUGAUGCAUUGAAUAAUACUCCAUGUUUGCUUCCUUCUUGGAUUUCAAAGGCUGCUGCUCGACAAAGAAGAGGAAGAGCUGGCCGUGUUCAACCUGGCGAAUGUUACCAUCUCUACCCAAGAUGUCUAUAUGAUGCUUUUGCAGAUUAUCAGCUGCCAGAAAUUUUAAGGACACCCUUACAAUCUCUCAGUUUGCAAAUUAAAAGUCUAAAGCUGGGAAGCAUUUCAGAGUUCUUAUCUAGGGCAUUACAGUCACCUGAACCAUUAUCAGUUCAAAAUGCUAUCGAAUAUCUUAAAACUAUUGGGGCUUUGGAUGAAGAUGAGAAUCUGACUGUUCUAGGACGUCACUUGUCAAUGCUUCCUGUGGAGCCCAAACUUGGGAAGAUGCUCAUAUUAGGGGCUAUAUUUAACUGCUUGAAUCCAAUAUUGACUGUUGUUGCUGGUUUAAGUGUCAGAGAUCCAUUUUUGAUGCCAUUUGACAAGAAGGAGGUUGCUGAGUCUGCAAAAGCCCAAUUUUCUGCCCAGGAUUACAGUGACCAUCUUGCACUUGUCCGGGCCUAUGAUGGCUGGAAAGAUGCUGAAAGAAAGGAGGGUGGAUAUGAAUACUGCUGGCGGAAUUUUCUUUCACUACAAACCAUGAAAGCUAUUGAUUCCCUUCGGAAGCAGUUCAUUUCUUUGCUCAAGGAUACUGGUCUGGUUGAUGACACCACAGCCACGUACAAUACAUGGAGCUAUGAUGAGCACCUCAUCCGAGCAAUCAUCUGUGCUGGGCUUUAUCCUGGAGUUUGUUCUGUUGUGAACAAGGAAAAGUCAGUAGCACUGAAGACAAUGGAAGAUGGACAAGUCCUUUUAUAUUCUAAUUCAGUCAAUGCUCGGGAACUGAAAAUUCCUUACCCAUGGCUAGUUUUCAAUGAGAAAGUGAAAGUGAACUCAGUCUUCCUACGGGAUUCCACAGGCAUAUCUGAUUCUGUGCUUCUCCUGUUUGGAGGAAACAUUUCCAGAGGGGGCCUUGAUGGACACCUGAAAAUGAUGGGAGGAUAUCUGGAGUUCUUCAUGAAACCUGCCUUGGCAGAAACAUAUGUUAACCUAAAGAGGGAACUUGAGGAACUAAUUCAAAGCAAACUUUUGAAUCCCAAUAUGGAAAUGGAUGCCUACAGUGAGCUCCUUUCAGCAGUAAGCUUGCUUGUAUCAGAGGAUCAAUGCGAGGGUAAGUUUGUCUUCGGCCGCCAGAUUCUAAAGCCAUCAAAAACGUUGGCAGCAACACUGCUACCGGGCAUGUUUGCACGAAAUGGCAGUGCGCCUGGGAGUGAUAAUUCAAAGAAUCAAUUGCAAACAUUGCUUAUCAGAGCAGGACAUGAUGCACCCACAUACAAGACAAAACAACUGAAGAACAACCAAUUCCGAGCCCUUGUGGAAUUCAAUGGCAUGCAGUUCAUGGGGCAGCCUUGCAACAACAAAAAGCAAGCCGAAAAAGAUGCUGCAGCCGAGGCUUUACAAUGGUUGACUGGUGGGGCACAGUCAGCUUCUGAAGAGAUAGAUCAUAUGUCUAUGCUUCUAAAGAAAAGCAAGAAGAAACAUCAAAGAAGAACUUGAUUAUGAGGUAGGAAGUAGAGUUGAGAAGCAAAGGAGGGAUCGGGCCAUCAGAAUUUAAUUCUCAUUAUUUUUGAUCAUAGAAGUCCAAAAUUUCUGGUUGAGUUCUAGAUGAUGAUGAUGAUUGGACCAUGGGUCAAAGCCAUGUCUGACACGAAGAUACAGUCAACCCGUGAAAUUUUCAUUGGAGACAGGGUGUUAUCCAGUGGUAGAAGAACCUGGAGUCGCUAUACAAACAAACAACAGCAAGCUUACAUGCCGAGAUUAUAGAAAAAAAAAAGGUGAAAUUUUAGCAAUAUCGACCUGGAGAUCACAUUGAUCCGAACAUUGUGCUGCAUCAAGUAGUUAGUAAUUGAUUAUUACUUGU